UCUGACUGUGCGCUGGAACGGAGACCUAGAGGCUACGGCGCGGGGAUGCGACGCAGGCUGCCGCUGGUGUGUGUGUGUGUGUGUGUGUGUGGCAUCUGAGCAACAGCCCGGAGUGUGUGUGAGUCACUGUGAUCCGAGGUGACUGACAAUCCGGAUAACUGUGGGGCUGGCAAUGCGCCGACUACCAAACAUGCAUUUGAACUGAAUGGGAGCUACUGGGAAAUUCGAAGGGAUCCUUCUGUGACAGUUGCCGUGCUAUUGAAGUUAUGUAAAAACGGUUUUUAUACAGCAUUCGAUUUUUAAGUGCUCAGUGACCUUUUAGAAGUGAAAUGGAUUGGUUAUAUUUUCUGGAGGGUGAAUACCGGUGCGUUCCAACUUUGCCUUUUUUCCUGGAAGAGUGGAUCAAAGAAGAAACUUUAAUGAGGCUUUAUGCUUUUCUCUAAGAAUGGAGUUGCUGAAGGCGAACUUGAGCUGUCUGGAUAGUUUAUCCCCGGGAAACAACUGCCUGCCCGCCAGGGGCACGUCUCCCGGGGUAGCGGCCACCCUCGCCGGCGUGCUCAUCUUCACCACCGUGGCUGAUAUCGUUGGAAAUCUGCUGGUCAUCCUGUCUGUGUACAGGAACAAGAAACUCAGGAAUGCAGGUAACAUCUUUGUGGUGAGUCUUUCUGUGGCUGACCUGGUGGUGGCGCUGUACCCCUACCCCUUGGCUCUGGUCGCUAUCUUCCAUAACGGCUGGACAAUGGGCUCCCUGCACUGCCAGCUGAGCGGGUUCAUUAUGGGACUGAGUGUGAUCGGUUCGGUAUUCAACAUCACGGCUAUCGCCAUCAACCGCUACUGCUACAUCUGCCACAGUCUCCGCUACGACCGGCUGUAUUCUCGUCAGAACACCUGUCUGUACCUGCUGCUCACCUGGACGCUAACCGCUUUGGCCACUGUGCCCAACUUCCUGGUGGGUUCCCUAAAAUAUGACCCACGCGUCUUCUCCUGCACGUUCACCCAGACAGCAAGUUCUUCCUAUACCGUUUGCGUUGUUCUGAUCCACUUUCUGGUUCCUCUGGGUGUGGUUUCUUUCUGCUACCUGCGCAUAUGGACGUUGGUGAUAAGAGUCAAAGGUCGCGUGCGGCCCAAUCCGAAGGUCAGGGCGGCCGACCUGCGGAAUUUCUUGACGAUGUUUGUGGUGUUCGUGCUGUUUGCCGUGUGCUGGGCGCCCUUGAACUUCAUCGGGCUCGCCGUGGCGAUAAACCCCGCAAGAGUGGCGCCGAAUGUACCAGAGUGGCUGUUUGUUACCAGCUACUUCAUGGCGUAUUUCAACAGCUGUCUGAAUGCUGUCAUCUAUGGGUUGCUCAACCAGAACUUCAGGCAAGAAUACAAACAGAUUCUCCGCGCUCUCUGCACCCCACGAGCACUGUUCACUGAAAGCUCCAGGUAUAACACUGAGGCCAUAAAGAGUAAACAGUCGCCGGCGGGAACCAAUAACAAUGUGAAAGAGGCUAAUAUGUAUAAGGGUGGUGUAACACACACUCUUUUCUAGUACAGCAGCCCCCAUUUAACUAACAACCACAACAUUUGUGUACAAAGGGGUUAAAGGCACAGCGGGGUAAAAUGCACAUUUGUUUUUAUUUUUCCGCAGCACUUUCCUAAACAUCCGUGGUUCACUAUGCACUAGGAAAUUUGGCUGAGCCUUGAUUCAGCAAAUAAAAUGUCAAUUCUGCACUACACUGACCUAAUAUUUGACAAUUUUUAUGCUAUUUUAUAGAGUUAUAUGACAAUUGAGAAUCGAUACAAUUUCCAAAUAUAUUUUGAGACAAAUAUCUUGUUCAAAGAUCUGAGAAAUAUGUAAAA